GUGAUGCCUUUUACUCUCUUCCAGACCCCUGAGCACCAGAUACAGAUUGAGAAUGGAUGCCUUGGACGUAGAGAAGCCUUGGGAUUGCUUUGACACCAACAGUGAGGCCAGCAAAGAGAGCCAGACCAUGGACUCAUCAGCAGAAGAGGAGCAAUUGAAGGCAGAGGCUGCACUCCUGGGCAGCCUAAUGGAGAGUGCAUCAGUGUGCAAACCCUCAGAACAGAGUGACAGUAGCCAGUCAGACCAGGAGCAGAACAAGGAGUCAAAGCAGAAAGAAAGUGGGCAUUCAAGUGAUAGCAUAAAACACACUGAAAACAGUGACAGAACAGAUUCAAGUCUUUCAUCUAGUAAAGAUGGUGUAAAACGUCCUUUUCAGUUGAAUGAUAACAUGAAGAAAGGUCUUUCCAUGCUCGCCUACCCAAGCAAAGGGGCUCGCCCUCGCUCAAAGCCUCGAAACAAGGGUCCUCAGCAGUCUCAGACAAAAUCAAAGUGUAGAAUAACCAUAGGUGAAACCCUAGAGAAAGUGCAGGACAUCAGAAACAGUAUGGGGGAGACAUCAAAAAAACUAGAACCCAGUGAGUGUGGCAUUAUGGAAGGGCAGUCAACAGUUCUUAGAGACACAGGUGAAGUUAAAGUUCCUCUUCCAGCGUUAAGUGAUAAUGCUGAAGCUGGUGGCAUUGAUGUAACAAGUGAGAGUGGAGAGGUUAAGGCCCAAGUUAGAGAAAAAGAGAAUUUGACAACUGCGAAUGCAGUUUCUCUACAAAGUAAAGGUGGAGGCACAGCAUCACCUACAACUACUGCAGAGGAGCGCAUGCCAUUAGCCGCCAAGCCCAGAGCUACUGCCACCAGGUUUAAGUUAACUCCGAGAAUGUGGGAAUUGCUGCGGUUUACCUUUAGCCAUGAGCACUUCCCAACCUCAGUCCAUAUGGCUCGCCUUGCCAAAAUGAUGGGGAUCCAGUGGUCCCAAGUCAGGAAUUGGUUCACAAACCGCCGUGUUGAAAACAAAAAAGCUGGCAUUUUCCCAAGAGACAAAGUGCUCACAGAUUGUCCGUACUGUGGUGUUUCCUUAAAGACUGAAGCUGAGCAAAAGGGGCACUUGUUUGCGUCACACCACGUCAAGAGCAUUUUGGGCCCCGAGUUUGUGGGAG